GCUCGGAGCUCCGGGCGGUCCGUGAACGCGGCAGAGGCAGUCCGCUCGGCUCUCCAUUUCAGUCGCUGUUUGUCGCCUCGCCUCCACUCUGACCUUUCAGACCCGUUUAAAAGAAAUGGGAACGCUUUAAUCCCCCCCACCGACAACGAUACACUCGGCUCGGCUCUCCGCGUCACGUCGGACCCAGAAGACCAUCGUUUAGUUUGACUUCUUCGCCCGUGAGCCGAAAAAACGGUGAAGAGACUACAUGUCCCAGAAACCCCAGUGAGCGAGAGCGACUGCUUCCUGUCCGUCCAGUUGGUUGGAUGAGUCCCAAACAGCAGCAGCUUCCUGAGCAGUGAUUGGGCGCUGAGCCAGACCGGGUAGCCAACGGGAAGCCAAGGCUAGCCAUCAUGGCGGACGUGGACCCAGACACCCUGCUGGAGUGGCUGCAGAUGGGUCAGGGCGACGAGCGCGACAUGCAGCUGAUCGCCCUGGAGCAGCUCUGCAUGCUGCUGCUCAUGUCCGACAACGUGGACCGCUGCUUCGAGACCUGUCCUCCUCGGACGUUCCUGCCCGCUCUGUGUAAGAUCUUCCUGGACGAGAGCGCCCCCGACAACGUGCUGGAGGUCACGGCGCGCGCCAUCACCUACUACCUGGACGUGUCGGCCGAGUGCACCCGCAGGAUCGUGGGGGUGGACGGAGCCAUCAAGGCGCUGUGCAACCGGCUGGUGGUGGUGGAGCUCAACAACCGGACGAGUCGCGACCUCGCCGAGCAGUGCGUCAAGGUGCUGGAGCUGAUCUGCACCCGGGAGUCAGGCGCCGUGUUCGAGGCCGGCGGGCUGAACUGCGUGCUGAGCUUCAUCAGAGACAGCGGACACCUGGUGCACAAAGACACGCUGCACUCGGCCAUGGCCGUGGUGUCGCGGCUCUGCAGCAAGAUGGAGCCGCAGGACUCGUCCCUGGAGACGUGCGUGGAGUCUCUGUCCAGCCUGCUCAAACACGAAGACCACCAGGUGUCUGAUGGCGCCCUCCGCUGCUUCGCCUCAUUGGCCGACCGGUUCACCCGUCGUGGCGUCGACCCCGCCCCCUUAGCCAAACACGGUCUGACGGAGGAGCUGCUGUCCCGCAUGGCGGCGGCCGGCGGCACCGCCGCGGGCCCCGCCUCUUCCUGUAAGCCGGGCAGGACCUCGACGGGCGCCGCCCCCUCCGCCGCCGACUCCAAACUCAGCAACCAGGUGUCGACCAUCGUCAGCCUGCUGUCCACGCUGUGCAGGGGCUCGCCGCUCGUCACGCACGACCUCCUGCGCUCGGCUCUGCCCGACUCCAUGGAGGCGGCGCUGGGCGGGGACGAGCGCUGCGUGCUGGACACCAUGCGUCUGGUCGACCUGCUGCUGGUCCUGCUGUUCGAGGGCAGGAAGGCUCUUCCCAAAUCCACAGCCGGCUCGACGGGCCGGAUCCCCGGCCUGCGGCGCCUCGACAGCUCGGGAGAGAGAUCGCACCGACAGCUCAUCGACUGUAUCCGCAGCAAGGACACCGACGCCCUGAUCGACGCCAUCGACACCGGAGCUUUUGAGGUGAACUUCAUGGACGAUGUAGGACAGACGCUGCUUAACUGGGCCUCAGCUUUUGGCACACAGGAAAUGGUGGAGUUCCUGUGUGAGAGAGGAGCGGAUGUCAACAGGGGUCAGAGGUCGUCCUCGCUGCAUUAUGCUGCCUGCUUUGGACGCCCGCAAGUAGCCAAGACUCUGCUGCGUCAUGGAGCCAACCCUGACCUGAGGGACGAGGACGGUAAAACUCCUCUGGACAAAGCCAGAGAGCGAGGACACAGUGAGGUGGUCGCCAUCCUGCAGAGUCCUGGAGACUGGAUGUGUCCAGUGAACAAGGGCGACGACAAAAAGAAAAAAGAUGUGAAUAAGGAGGAGGAGGAGGGCAGCGAGCCCAAAGGAGACCCAGAGAUGGCUCCUAUCUACCUGAAGAGACUGCUGCCUGUUUUUGCACAAACCUUUCAGCAAACCAUGCUGCCUUCUAUUAGGAAAGCGAGUCUGGCUCUGAUCAGGAAGAUGGUUCACUACAGCAGCGAAGUUCUGCUGAAGGAAGUGUGUGACAGCGAGACGGGACACAACCUGCCCACUGUGCUGGUGGAGAUCACUGCUACUGUCCUGGACCAGGAGGAUGACGACGACGGCCACCUCCUGGCCCUGCAGAUCAUCAGGGAUCUGGUUGACAAGGGAGGAGAUGUUUUCCUGGACCAGCUGGCCCGACUGGGAGUCAUCAACAAGGUGUCGACUCUGGCCGGCCCGGCCUCUGACGACGAGAACGAGGACGAGGCCAAACCCGAGAAGGAGGAGGAGCUGCAGGAGGACGCCCGGGAGAUCCAGCAGGGGAAGCCGUACCACUGGAGGGACUGGUCCAUCAUCCGGGGGCGGGACUGUCUGUACAUCUGGUCGGACGCCGCUGCACUCGAGCUCUCCAACGGCUCCAACGGCUGGUUCAGGUUCAUCCUGGACGGCAAGCUGGCCACCAUGUACUCCAGUGGCAGCCCCGAGGGGGGGUCUGACAGCUCCGAGUCUCGCAGUGAGUUUCUGGAGAAGCUGCAGCGGGCGAGGAGCCAGGUGAAGCCGGUCACAGCCAGUCAGCCCAUCCUGUCCAGCGUGGGUCCCACCAAGCUGACGGUGGGGAACUGGUCCCUGACCUGCCUGAAGGAGGGAGAGAUCGCCAUCCACAACUCAGACGGCCAGCAGGCCACCAUCCUGAAGGAGGACCUGCCCGGCUUCGUGUUCGAGUCCAACAGAGGAACCAAGCACUCCUUCACUGCCGAGACCUCGCUGGGCUCGGAGUUUGUGACGGGCUGGACGGGGAAGCGCGGCAGGAAGCUGAAGUCGAAGCUGGAGAAGACGAAGCAGAAGGUGAAGAGCAUGGCCAGAGAGCUGUACGACGACCACUUCAAGGCUGUGGAGAGCAUGCCCCGAGGCGUGGUGGUCACCCUGAGGAACAUCUCCACACAGCUGGAGUCCGCCUGGGAGCUGCACACCAACAGACAGUGCAUCGAGGGAGAGAACACGUGGCGGGACCUGAUGAAGACGGCUCUGGAGAACCUGAUCGUGGUUCUGAAGGAUGAGAACACCAUCUCUCCUUAUGAGAUGUGCAGCAGCGGCCUCGUCCAGGCGCUCUUAACCGUCCUUAACAAUAGCGUGGAACUGGACCUGAAACAUGAUUGUAAGCCUUUAAUGGAGAGGAUCAAUGUCUUUAAGGCGGCUUUCAGCGAGAACGAAGACGAUGAAAGCCGACCAGCCGUUGCCUUAAUCCGAAAACUGAUCGCUGUGCUGGAGUCAAUAGAACGUCUACCUCUGCAUCUGUACGACACACCGGGAUCCACAUACAAUCUGCAGAUCUUGACGCGGCGGCUGCGGUUCCGUCUGGAGCGAGCGCCGGGCGAGACGGCGCUGAUCGACCGGACCGGCCGCAUGCUGAAGAUGGAGCCGCUCGCUACUGUGGAGAGUCUGGAGCAGUAUCUGCUGAAGAUGGUGGCAAAGCAGUGGUACGACUUUGAGCGCUCAUCCUUCGUGUUUGUGAGGAAGCUGAGGGAAGGCCAGACCUUCACCUUCCGACACCAACACGACUUCGACGAGAAUGGCAUCGUCUACUGGGUCGGCACCAACGCCAAGACGGCCUACGAGUGGGUGAACCCUGCUGCCUAUGGACUGGUGGUGGUGACAUCAUCAGAGGGACGGAACCUCCCCUAUGGCCGGUUGGAGGAUAUCCUCAGCAGGGACAGCUCCGCCCUCAACUGCCACACCAACGACGACAAGAACGCCUGGUUCGCUGUGGACCUCGGUCUCUGGGUUAUUCCCUCCGCCUACACACUGAGACAUGCAAGGGGCUACGGGCGCUCCGCGCUGAGGAACUGGGUGUUCCAGGUGUCUAAAGACGGCCAGAACUGGACAACUCUCUACACGCACGUGGACGACUGCAGCCUCAACGAACCGGGCUCCACAGCCACGUGGCCUCUGGACCCCUCCAGAGAGGAGAAACAGGGCUGGAGACACAUCAGGAUUAAGCAGAUGGGGAAGAACGCCAGCGGCCAGACUCACUACCUGUCUCUGUCCGGCCUGGAGCUGUACGGCACCGUGACCGCCGUCUGCGAGGACCAGCUGGGUAAAGCGGUGAAGGAGGCAGAGGCAAACCUUCGCCGUCAGCGCCGCCUGUUUCGUUCUCAGGUGAUGAAGUACAUCGUUCCGGGCGCUCGAGUCGUCCGUGGCAUCGACUGGAAGUGGCGUGACCAGGACGGCAACCCGGCCGGGGAGGGCACGGUCACCGGAGAGGCUCACAACGUAUCUUGUGGAUGGAUGGUGUUCCAGAGACUUGGAGAAUCCAUGCCAAGGAGCACUGAAGCUGUCCAGCACCUCACUGCCCCUGCAUGCUGGGUUUUCCUUUGGUUUGUCGCUUCUCUGCAAGGAAAUGAUUUCUGUGUGGGGAACGAGGGCUUGGCGUCGGAGGAGGACGCCGACACGGAGGAGGCGCUGAAGGAGUUUGACUUCCUGGUGACGGCGGAGGACGGAGAGGGAGCGGGGGAGGCGAGGAGCUCGGGAGACGGGACGGAGUGGGCGGCGCCCAUCCCGUUCCCUCCAGCGGGGGGGAAGUCCUUUCUGUUGGGGGGGUCGGACGACGUGUUGGAGAGCGUGCUGGGAUUGGGCGACCUGGCCGACCUCACCGUUGCCAAUGACGACACCGACUACAGCUACGAUCUGCCGUCCAAUAAGGAGUCUUCGUUCAGGAAGACGUGGAGUCCUAAGUACACGCUGCGGAGCCACUUUGACGGCGUGCGGGCGCUCGCCUUCCACCCGGUGGAGCCGUGCCUGCUCACCGUGUCCGAGGACCACACGCUCAAACUGUGGAACCUCACCAAGACCGUCCCUGCCAAAAAAAGUGCCUCUUUUGACGUGGAGCCCAUCUACACAUUCAGAGCCCAUGUUGGUCCAGUCUUGUCGUUGGCGAUGACCUCCAGUGGUGAGCAGUGUUUCAGCGGAGGACUCGACUCCACCAUCCAGUGGUGGAACAUCCCCAGCUCUAACGUCGACCCAUACGACACCUAUGAUCCCAGCGUCCUGGCCGGGUCGUGGGCGGGGCAUACGGACGCCGUGUGGGGAUUGGCUUACAGCGGCAUCAAGAACCGCCUCCUGUCCUGCUCCGCCGACGGGACGGUCAAACUGUGGAACCCCCAGGAGAAGAACCCCUGCAUCAGCACUUUCAAUGCAAACAAAGAGCACGGCGUGCCCACGUCGGUGGACUUUAACGGUUGCGACCCUGCCCACAUGGUGGCGUCGUUCAACAGUGGUGAUGUGGUGGUGUAUGACCUGGAGACUUCCCAGCAUGCACUGGUGCUGAAGGGACAGGGAGACAGCACCCUCCCAGGCUCUAAUCACAUCAACAAGGUGGUGAGUCAUCCGACUCUGCCGGUCACCAUCACCGCUCAUGAAGACAGACACAUCAAGUUCUACGACAAUAAAUCAGGUAAGGUGAUCCAUGCGAUGGUGGCUCACCUGGAUGCCGUCACCAGUCUGGCUGUGGAUCCAAACGGCAUCUACCUGAUGUCUGGCAGUCACGACUGCUCCCUGCGGCUGUGGAAUCUGGACAGCAAGACGUGCGUCCAGGAAAUAACAGCUCACCGCAAGAAGAGCGAGGAGGCGAUCUACGACGUGGCCUUCCACCCCUCCAAGGCCUACAUCGCCUCCGCCGGGGCCGACGCCCUCGCCAGGGUCUACGUGUAGAGAGGAGGAGGCCGCAGGGCGAGGGACACCCACACAGAGAGGGAGAGAGAGAGAGAGAGAGAGAGAGAGAGAGGCCAGUCUGCAGGCACACACAGGAUUCUGGGUCUGUUUUUAAAACAGAGAGACACAGGGCUCAAGUUAACACACACACACACACACACACACACACUCUAUUACAGAGGAUCGUCUCUGUGCCUGACUGAACAGAUAAUAUAAAUAUAUAUUAAUGGAAGAGGUUGCUUUCUCAGACUGGAGGUGAAUUGGAUCUCCAUUGGAAGACUGAACACACACACACACACACACACACACACACACACACACACACAGCAGGGGAGCGCUCCGCCUGCCUGCAGAGACUGAGGGACGUUCAGCAGAAACGUUGUGAAACGUUGGCGGGCAGCGGGUCGCCGCCUCCCGCCUGCAGGCCCCUCCCCUUCCUGUUGCCGUGGUACUGACUUCACCUCCUGACGCACAGAGAGAACGAGACGGGAAGCGUUCUGCCUCCGGGUUAAAGCAAAACUCCCUCCGACACAUCUGAACACUAAAACCAGCCGUCUGCUGUCUGUUUCUUCUGGCCAAUCAGACGAGGCGGCAUCACAUCCAGUUUGACGUCAGGAAAUGUCACAAUCAAAGAGCCACGCCUCCUUUCUGGUAAUCGUACAGGCACGCAUGUAGACCAGAAUGCAAUGCCCCCUUGUAGUCAGACAGACUUCAGACUGAUGCUGAAGCUGUAAGACAGAGUCACUUCCUGUUGUGGGUCCAGGUGACAGAAACACCUGAACACAUCACGAGGGUCGGAGGGAGUUUUCCUUUCAAGCAGCAGAGACGAGAAACUACAGAGGAGACAGAUCGAACUGUGCAACAGAAAAUCCCGAGUUUUAACCCUCAGUGGCCGAGGUGGGGGAACCGCUACUGUUUUAAUCAUGAGAUCUGAACCAAAGCCAAAAAAAAAAAGAUCAGAUUGGAUCCCGUUUUAUUUGAUCAAAGAAUCACAGUUUCAUUAAAGGAAAC